AUGAAGAUUUUGCAACUCAACACCAACCACUGUCGAGAAGCCCAAGACCUUCUAUGGCUAACGCUCGCUGAAAAUAAUGUAGAUGUUGCUCUUCUUUCCGAGCCCUACGAACACAUCAACUCCCACAGUUGGAUGUCGGACUCUGAAAGGCUAGCUGCGAUAUGGGUGGUGACUGACAAGUUUCCCCAAUGCAAGAAGCCGAUACCAGACUCCGGCGAUUCGUGGAUGAAAUUAGAUAGUGUUUAUUGUGUAAGCUGCUAUGCGCCACCUAGGUGGCCGUUAGAAACAUUCGCACGCAUGAUGACGGUCCUCGAGCUGGAGCUAAGAGGGAAGCGUCCAAUCCUCGUUACUGGGGAGUAUAACGCUUGGUCGAGAACCUGGGGUAGCAUGCACACAAGCCCAAGGGGACGAUUGGUGGAGGAAACUUUCGCGGCAAUGGACCUCGUAUUACGUAAUACACCCAGAAUUUUCACUUUCGAUUCCUGUAGAGGGCGGUCCAUAAUUGACCUGGCAUUUGCAGACCGCGUAACGGCGAAUCGAGCGAAGUGGAGGAUCGAAAAGUUCAUCCACACACAAAGUGACCAUCUGGCCAUAAUAAUAGAAAUACAGGAGGAUAGGCGAAACUAUGAAAGAUGGAAGACACUACAAAAGUGGAAAAAAACGGCGUUCAAUGCCGGGACAUUUAGGUCGGCAUGGGAUGAUGCUUACCUUUCCGCCAUGAGUGCGGACGGUAUGGGGGAAAAUAUGGCCGCCCAGAUAAAAGCCGCUUGUGAUGCAUCGAUGCCCAGAUGUAGAUACGGAGGCAAACGUAAACCUACCUACUGGUGGACUGCUGAAAUAGCUGAUAUGAGAAAAGCCUGCUUCAAGGCGCGAAGAAGAGCAACAAGAGCGCGUCAACGACCAACCUUCAAACAAAUGCGAGAUGGUGCAAAUACUGACCCCUGGGGACAGGCGUAUAAAACGGUCAUGCAAAAGAUGAAAGGCCCUAGAUCACCGCAGCCCACAUGUCCACAAUUGCUGCAACAAAUAAUAGUGGCGCUCUUUCUUGCACAGGGGGAAGCAAGCGACGCGGAAUAUGGCAUAGAUGCAAUUCCAAACGUGCAACCGGUGACACCGAAAGAAGUGCUAAACACACUAAAACGUGUAAAAGACUGUAAGGCGCCUGGACCAGAUGGGGUUCCUAACAUUGCACUUAAAACCCCAGAUGUUCGCAAGCCUAUACCGUGCUUCCCUAGUCGAACGAACCUUCCCGAAGCGAUAGAAAUUGCAGCGAUUGGUGCUGCUACUUAA